UAUGUAUAUUUGGCGAAACAGGGAAGCAAAGUACAGGAAGGCACUGGCACUUGACUGGAAAUGCUGAAAUCAACAUUCUCUUCCUUUUUCUUCUCCCAUUCUGCACGACUGGGAUUGCUGAGUCACAGUGAGAGACACUUGCUAAUGCUCCCUCCUUCAACUUCAAUUUCAAUUUCAAAACCCUUCUCUCCAUACCCCAUAACAUCAAAACCUUUCUCAACCAACCCCACCCCAUACCCUCUCCAAUAUGAAAUGAUCAUCAAUCGUCCAUCCAAUUCCCACACUCGCCCUCCACCUGUUCGACCCAUUGACACCCCUUCUCAGCCCUCUCCCGAACCCGACGAACCCAUUUCCGAACUGGGCUUGGAUAGCUGGGUCGACCGGAAACUCGCCUCCGAGGCCCAAUCCGGUUCGCCAAAACCCGAACUUGACAAGGCCAAGAGGAAGUACUACAACAAACGGAGGAAGAGGAUGUAUGGGUCGGACUCGGAGGAAGAGAGCCGGCGGAGCGAGGAUACGUUCGUGGAGCUGAAACCAGAGGUGGUGGACUUUCCCACGUUGCACCGCAGAGAGGAGGAGUUGUAUUUCUAUGACGCUUUUACCUAUCCAUGGGAGAAGGAUAAGCACUACAAGAUGGUGUACCAGUUGGAGAAGAAGUACUUCCCUCAACAGUGCCUAGACAAUGCUUUUCUUCAACCGGGACAGUCAAAUUCAAAUUCAAAUGAAGAUGGGAAGAAGGGGAAGGGUAGGAAGAGAGUUGGUAGUAAGGGGAAGAAGGAUGAGGUUGGGGGUGGUGAUGACAAGUUGGUGUUUUUUGAGGAGAAAGACAAGGGUGCAAGCAAGGAUCUCACGGAGAAGAAGGUUGAGGAAUUCUUUAAGGGUUUGAAGAAGGUUCCUAACGAUAAGGAUGUUCAAGUUGGAGAGCCAUUUCUUUCUUCAAGGAGGAACGGCCUUCCUCCUGUAUGGGAUGGUCCACAUGGCACCGUGCUUUUGGUUAACAAACCCAAAGGUUGGACUUCUUUCACAGUUUGUGGAAAGCUGCGUCGCCUUGUCAAAGUGAAGAAGGUAGGCCAUGCUGGCACUCUUGAUCCAAUGGCUACUGGUUUAUUGAUUGUUUGUGUUGGUAAAGCCACCAAAGUGGUAGACAGAUAUCAAGGGAUGAUUAAGGGUUAUAGUGGGGUGUUCCGCUUAGGAGAGGCUACUUCAACAUGGGAUGCUGAUUCACCAGUCAUUCAACGUGAGCCAUGGGAGCACAUCAAAGAUGAGGAUAUAAAGAGAAAUGCUUUGUCCUUUGUUGGGGAGAUUUGGCAAGUUCCUCCUAUGUUCUCAGCUAUUAAAGUUGGAGGUGAAAAGAUGUACGAGAAAGCAAGGAGAGGAGAAAGCAUUGAACUUUCACCUAGGCGAAUUUCAAUUUUCCAGUUUGACAUAGAGCGUAGCUUGGAUGACAGACAAAAUUUAAUUUUUAGAGUGACAUGUUCUAAAGGGACAUAUAUUCGGUCACUCUGUGCAGAUUUUGGGAAAGCUCUUGGCAGCUGUGCCCAUUUAACUGCUCUCCGAAGAGAUUCAAUAGGGCAAUAUUCAGUGGAUGAUGCAUGGGACUUUCAAGAGCUGGAAGAGGCCAUCACCAAAAAUUAUCUCUAACUUCUACAGUUGCUAUGGCUGGCUAUGGUGAUGGGAUUGGGAGCCAUGGCAUGCGCUUAUCUUUUUUGGGGUUAAAACAGAGUGAUUUUCAAGCACGUGGUCCUUUCUCGAAUUGUUUUUAACAAUUCAUUUUUCAGACUUCAUUCUUGACUCAUCCAGUACAUAAAAUGUUGUAUUAAAUUCAUUAUUUAUUUAUAUGAAGAUAUUAAUUCGUUUAAAAG